UAUUUCGUAUACUUUCAUAGUUCUAAGGGAGAUUUAUAAAAUGUCUAAAGCAUCGCCCAUAUGGGUUUAUAGGCCAGAAGGGCAAUGAUCUUCACUUCUGUGAUCAAUGUGUGAUAUGCGCACACAAUGCGGCUUUGUGGUCACCUCCGGUAAACACCAUGUGUGAAAACAUGUAGUUCAUCACAUUUUCCUACACCAUGACAUUUUUUGUAAGUCAAAUGCACGUUUUAUGACGUUAAACGUUCUAAGGGGCCGGAGCAAGGAUAAACGAGGAAUCUCAUGUGUGUGUGUGUGUGUUUAAAUCCCCAAAAGGAGAGCGAAUGAGUGUCGUUUCAUUUAUGAAUUCUGUUUAUUUUGUUAGUGUGAUAGAGUUAGAUACUACCCUUUUUACAGACAAAAGAAAGAAUAUGUGGGUAAAUUUGAAUGAUUCAUUACAAUCCGUAUUAAUAAGAAUGCAUAGACAUGUACAUCCUUGUGUCUUUAGCUGCACAUCUAUGAUUUGUAUUAUCAAUAUAAAAAUUCUCUAUAUUAUUCCAUAA